CUAAACACGGAAGUGUGUGUACUUCAGAGCAUACAUCCAUGCUUCAGAGUCGCUCCUGUUACCGGGCAGAUUAGUUGUUUCUCCUCGGGUUGUGUCGCUGUCUCAGAGAAGAACAUCAUGGACAAAGUUUUGUUUCUCACUUUAAGCCUGGUUUUAGUUUUAACUCAGGUAAACUACAGCUCCUCCAGUCCGAGGAGAAUCAGCAAGGCUCAGGUUAUGGGUUUCGACUGGAAGAACUGCGGGCAGCCCGAUGCUCCAGCGGUUCUGAAGACGCUGAAGGUGUCUCCGGACCCGAUCUCCAUCCCCGGAGAAAUGACCGCUUCGGCCUCUGGAUCCACAUCUGUGGAGCUCGCUGCCCCGCUUUCUGUGAACGUGACUCUGGAGAAGGAGGUGGCAGGUUUCUGGGUGAAGGUUCCCUGUCUGGAGCAGAUGGGCAGCUGUCACUAUAAAGACGCCUGUGACAUCCUGAGCCAGCUGAUCCCCCCCGGACAGGACUGCCCCGAGCCGCUGCGCACCUACGGGCUGCCCUGCCACUGCCCCUUCAAAGCUGGCUCGUACUCUCUCCCUCAGUCGGACUUCACCCUCCCCACCAUGGACCUCCCUUAUUGGCUGAGCAACGGAAACUACCGGGUGCAGGGGGUUCUGGGAGCAGAAGGCAAGGAGCUGGGCUGCCUCAAACUGGCUCUGUCCCUCCACUCCGACUGAACCCAAAACUCACUUCUCAAAUCUGACUUUUUUUCUCCGAGUUAUGAUAAAAAGUCGGAAUUCUUAAAAAAGGCGGGAAGAAUCUCAGCUAACUGAAGAUAUGAACCAUUUUUACCAAAACAAAACACAAGUCUCAUAAGAAGCGUCUAAAUGACUCCUGAGCGAAAAGAUU